GGCGGCGGCGGCGGCCCCGCACCCAGCGCCCGCACCCACCGCCCGCCUCCCGCGGGCGGCGGCAACAAAGGCCCUUCCCCGCCCCCGCCGCCGCCUCCCGCCGCCUCCCGCCGCCGCCGGCAGCGUCCUUGCGGCAGGAAGAUGCCCGGGGAGGUGCCGCCGCCGGCGCCCCGGGGGCUGCGGAGCCUCCCGCUGCUGCUGCUGCUGCUGCUCGGCGCCCGCGCCGCGCUGGCUCAGCGCUGGCGCAAUGAGAACUACGAGCGGCCUGUGGACCUGGAGGGCUCUGGGGACGAUGACCCCUUUGGAGAAGAUGAGCUGGAUGACAUCUACUCCGGCUCUGGCUCGGGGUAUUUCGAGCCGGAGCCAGGGCUGGACACGGCUGUGAGCCUGACCACGGACACACUGGUGACACUGCCCACCACGGCGGCCGUGCUGCCCGCCACUGCCGCCCAACCCAUGGCAACGCCCCUGGAGCCAUCCUCCACCCCCCAGGACACCACCCUCGGGCAGGCCACCAGCGCCUUCCUCAUCCCCAGGACCACAGAAGCACCAGUGGUGCCCAGCUGGAAACCCACCAGCACCAGCACCACGGCCAGCGAGCCCCCAACCACCACAGCCACCACCGCCACCACCACCACCACCACCACCACCACCACCACGGAGGCCACCACGACCACAAGCAGCACCACCGUGGCCACGGCCAAGCCCACUACCGUCCGGAGGUUCCUGCCCCCCUUGGCCACCAGGGCGGCCACCACUCGAGCCACCACCCUGGAGACCCCCACCACGCCCGUCCCCGAAACCAGCACGCCGACAGAGGUGGCCACGUCACGCCUUGUCCCCACCAGCACGGCCAGGCCUAGGGCCCUGCCAAAGCCCAGCACCUCGAGGACUGCAGAGCUCCCCGAGAAAAGCACGGCCUUGCCACCCACGGCCACCACGCUGCCACCCACAGAGGCUCCCCAGAUGGAGCCAGGGGAGGUGACAACAGCCCCCGACAAGGAGCCGGAGGUCCCGGCCAGCAGCGGCCCCAGCGGGGACUUUGAGAUCCGGGAAGAGGAGGAGACGACUCGUCCCGACCUCGGGAACGAGGUGAUGGCUGUGGUGACACCGCCGGCGGGGCCGGGGCCCGGCAGGAACGUGGAGACAGGGCUGAUGGACAACACGAUAGACUCGGGCAACUCGGCCGCUCAGCUGCCCCAGAAAAACAUCCUGGAGAGGAAAGAGGUGUUGAUAGCGGUGAUCGUGGGUGGCGUGGUGGGCGCCCUUUUCGCUGCCUUCCUGGUGAUGCUGCUCAUCUACCGCAUGAAGAAGAAGGACGAGGGCAGCUACACCCUGGAGGAGCCCAAGCAGGCCAACGUCACCUACCAGAAGCCCGACAAGCAGGAGGAGUUCUACGCGUAGACGGAGAGCCCGGAGUGCCUCACGCUUCCUCCCUCCCUUCCUCCCUCCCUCCCC